UGUAAUUAUUUUUAAAUUAAUUUUCUGCCGGUUUAAUUCCCAACUUUCAUGAGCGAACUUCAGCAGCAAGAAGCUUCCCCGACAAUGGCGUUGGUGCCAUGUUUGGCUCGGCAGAAGAAAUCCCCAAAAUUCAGGAGCCUCAAGCAGAACUCAAACGCCGCAACGCACGGAAACUGUUCGACGAAAUGCCUGAACGAGACGCAGUAUCCGUGACAAGUCUGAUGAGCCAUUUGGGGAAGAAAAAAAGACACAAGGAAGCCAUUUUUAUCUUCUUAGCAAUGUUGGAUUCUGACAUUAAGCCAACAGAAUACACUUUCGGUACAAUUCUUCAUUCUUCUGUAGCUAUCGGAGACAUCAAUUUGGGGAAUCAAAUCCACGCCUAUACACAAAAAACUUGCUUCAAUUCUAAUGUCUUUGUCGGCAGCGCUAUGAUGGAUCUUUACGUGAAGUUAGGAACCAUCGAAGAAGCUCUAAUGACUUUCAAUGGCAUCCACAGCCCAAAUGUGGUGUCCUACACAACACUGAUUAGCGGAUUCGUUAAGGAAAGGAUGUUCGAAAAGGCCCGGGAAGUGUUCGACUCGAUGCCGGAUAACGAAAAAAACAUCGUUUCUUGGAACACGAUGAUCGUCGGGUACGGCCGAGCGGGAAGAAACGAGGACGUCGUGAAUUUAUUCGUCGAGAUGUUGCGGCGCGGAACGGUCCCGAGUGAGUACACGUAUCCGUGCGUUGCGAUCGCCGCCGCCAACAUCGGCGCUCUCGGCGUCGGGAGGAGCGUGCAUGCGUGCGCCGUGAAGUUCUCGGGAAAUCGUCCGGGGUUGUAUUUGUCAAAUUCGUUGGUGAGUUUCUACGCAAAAUGCGGGUGCAUGGACGAUAGCCUUUUGGCGUUCCGGAAGAAUCCCGAUCGAAACGUCGUCUCCUGGAACGCUCUAAUUUGCGGGUACGCGCAAAACGGGCGAGGGACCGACGCAAUCGCAGCGUACGAGGAAAUGAAUCGAACGGGCUCUGUCGUCGUCGAGCCGAACAGCGUAACGCUUCUCGGCCUACUUUGGGCGUGCACGCACGUCGGGAAGGUCGACGACGGGUAUAAAUACUUCAACGAGGCGAGAUCGAAGAGACCCGAGAUUCUAGAACCCGAGCACUACGCGUGUAUGAUCGAUCUAUUGUCGAGGUCGGGGAAGUUUCUAGAAGCGGAGAAAUUUCUCGACGAUUUACCGUUCGACCCGGGGGUCGGGUUUUGGAAGGCGUUGCUCGGGGGGUGUCGGGUGCAUUCCAAUACGGCGUUGGGGGAAAUUGCGGCGACGAGAAUUGUGGAAUUGGAUCCCGACGAUGUGUCAUCGUACGUAAUGUUGUCGAAUGCGCAUUCGGCCGCCGGAAAAUGGGAGAGUGUGGUGAAGAUAAGGAAGAAGAUGAAGGAGAAAGGGCUGAGGAGGAUUCCGGGGAGUAGCUGGGUUGAAAUUGGGACAAAGGUUCAUGUGUUUGUUACAGGGGAUGUAAGGCAUGAAGAGAAGGAUGAGAUUUAUAGGGUGUUGAGGCUUUUCCUCGAACAUGUCCGAGUUACAAAUAGUCUCGUAAGAGAUGAUUUGGUAAUUUAAGGUGGAAGGUGGUUUCGUGACCGUAAAAUUAUAAGCUUAAAUCUCGUGCAUAUAUACAGUAUAUUUAUAAUUAAUGUUCAAUAAUACCUAU